ACGGUCACAUCACCCCCGGUCACUGCGGGCAGCCUCAGCCCCCCUGCCCGUUUUCUUAGGGCAGCCCCAUUGGCCUUUUUCUAGUCUUCGAUUCUUUUUUGUUUUUCUUCUCUAAGGAUAGAACUGAUAAUUGGGAUUUGAUAAUUAUAUUGAUAUAAUUAUCAUGUAUUUAUAAUAUAUAAAUAUAUAUUUCAUUUGGUUGCUUUUGAACUGGUCAGCUUCCUUGAGUCCAUUUCCGAUAUUUGUUCAAUCUCUGAGAGCAGACAUUUUUGAGGGUGGGUGAACUGAGAUUUUCUGCUGAAAAAAAGCUACUUGUCCCAGGUGAUCAAUCCUCACUUUUGUAUCUCCACCAUGUGAUCUGACUAUGUUGAUCUGCUUCUCUCCGAUUUUGUGACCUGGGUUUGAGUUUUUUCAUCUGAUUUCCUCGGUUUUUGGGACAAAUUUCUCAAAUUGGAGCACUUUGUGGGUUUUCUUUUUGAGGGUAGAUAUUUUAAAUAGAAGGGGUGGUGGAGGAGGAGGAGGUGGUGGGAGGGUGGGGGCGAUUUUGGGAUUUGGGGUGUUUUUGAUGGUAUGUUGAUUUGGGUCUAGGGUUUGUGAAAGAUGGGAUUGGGUGGUAAUGAUGUGAAAGUGGAGUCUUGGGAAGUUGGCAAAUCCAAGGGAAGGAAGAAGAAAGAUGGUGGGGAAGAGGAGACUGGGUGUUGUUGGGUUAAGCUCAGGUUUAUGGCCAGCUGCAUUUCUUCAAGAUCUAAAGUUGAUAGCUCCAUUAGUGGAACCAGUACUCAUUAUGAAAAUAGAUCUACAAAUGAUACAAGCAGAGACCAACCGGUUGCUCCAGUAGUCUCAUCUACAACCACUAGUAAUGCAGAAAGCAAUUCAUCCACUUCCAAACUUGAAGAGGAACUUAAAGUUGCUUCUCGGCUUAGAAAAUUCUCAUUUAAUGAUCUUAAGAUGGCAACACGGAAUUUUAGACCCGAGUCUCUUCUUGGUGAAGGUGGUUUUGGCUGUGUAUUUAAGGGGUGGAUUGAAGAGAAUGGAACUGCUCCAGUGAAGCCUGGCACAGGGCUUACUGUUGCUGUUAAAACGCUCAAUCAUGAUGGGCUUCAGGGUCAUAAAGAAUGGCUGGCUGAAGUGAAUUUCCUUGGUGACCUCAUUCAUCCUAAUCUGGUCAAACUGAUUGGUUAUUGCAUUGAAGAUGAUCAAAGGUUGCUAGUUUAUGAGUUUAUGCCUCGAGGGAGUUUGGAGAAUCAUCUGUUUAGGAGGGCCCUGCCUCUUCCAUGGGCCAUAAGGAUGAAAAUUGCACUAGGUGCUGCUAAGGGUCUUGCAUUUCUUCAUGAGGAAGCAGAAAGGCCAGUUAUAUAUCGUGAUUUUAAGACCUCCAACAUCCUAUUGGAUGCAGAGUACAAUGCCAAACUUUCUGAUUUUGGACUUGCUAAAGAUGGUCCCGAGGGAGAUAAGACUCAUGUAUCUACCCGUGUUAUGGGAACUUAUGGAUAUGCUGCCCCUGAAUAUGUGAUGACAGGACAUUUGACAUCAAGGAGUGAUGUCUAUAGUUUUGGUGUGGUUCUACUAGAAAUGCUGACUGGCAGAAGAUCCAUGGACAAAAACCGGCCAAAUGGGGAACAUAACCUUGUGGAAUGGGCAAGACCCCAUCUAGGAGAAAGAAGAAGAUUUUACCGUCUGAUAGACCCACGGCUUGAGGGUCAUUUUUCAAUAAAAGGUGCCCAGAAAGCUGCCCAGCUGGCUGCUCACUGCCUCAGCCGGGACCCAAAAGUGAGGCCCUUAAUGAGUGAAGUUGUUGAAGCCUUGAAGCCUCUGCCAAACCUUAAGGACAUGGCGAGUUCAUCUUAUUAUUUCCAAACCAUGCAAGCUGAGCGCAUUGGUUCCAGCCCAAAUGCUCGAAAUGGUGUCCGAACACAGCAAGGAAUACUUUCAAGGAAUGGCCAUCAGCAGCAGAGGAGUCUUUCAAUACCAAAUGGUUCUCAUGCUUCCCCGUAUCACCAGAACCAAUACCCCUAUCAAUCACCCAAACCCAAUGGUAAACCGUAGCAUUGGGUUAUCGUGUUUCUAAUUAUCCUUGUGUUUUCCCCCACGCCCCCUCUUUCUUUCUUUUUUUUUCUUUUUUUUUAUCAUCAAUGCCUCUACCUUUUUUUCUUCCUUUUCCUUUUUAAAUAUAGAUAUAUUUUCUGUUGAAGCAUUUGUUCUUGGACGACUGGAAAAGCAACAGAGAACAUGUUUGCUUUAAUGUUGUUGUGAUCCUUUCAGAGUGGUAACCUCCUUUCCUUGUUAGGGGGAGAAUGGCAGGGAAAAGUGAAAUUCUGGAGCAAA